UUGCAUUUGAAGGCCAAACCAAUUCUCGUCAAUUCAUUCGACGACUAUUUAACUGAACUGAACAUCAAAUGUGCGAAACAUAAGACAGAAACCAAUAGAUCGCAGCAAACAGAAGAUGUCGGAGUUGCGAUCGAAAGGAGUGAACCGAAAGAAAGUGCGGAAAGAGUUCCGGUUGUGACCAAAAAGAAGAAGAAACCAAAAACUAAAAACAAACCAAAACUCGAGCCGAAGAACAAUACAAAUAAGACAACUAAACAUCAAAACAAAAGACCGAAACAGAGGCAGAAGUUUAAGCGAAAAAAUUAAUGAACUUUUAUCACUAAUACGC